GUUUGAUAGGAUGUUUGAUUUCUAAAUCACGUCCUUGUACCUGGGUGUGUAUGUACUAGCACUAUAGUGUUGUAACACGUGUUUGUGGUGUGACAUUGGUGUUAUUGAAGAAGUUGGAUGUUCAUGCAACAGGAAAAUUGUUUAUAAAACCUUAAUCCACCAAAAAUGAUUCCAGUGAGGUGGUCUUCAAAUACAUUUCGGAAAAUUGCGAAAACAGUAUGGAUUCCGUAUACUAUGUGUGGAUUUCUCUUGCUCUAUUUAACAUAUUCUCCCAGAAAUUAUAUACAGAUAUUUCAGCGUCAAGAAACUAAAUUAGACAAUCAUAAUGGAGUUAUUACACAAACCGAAACUCCGUCCGACGAAGCACGUGAUCAUAUCGUGAUGGGAAUAUUAAGUGCAAAUGGAAAACAACGUUUUCGAGACACUCAAAGAAAAACUUGGAUAAAAGCAAUGCUUCGUAUGCAACAUAUAUUGCCAUUUAAAAUAACUUAUAAAUUUUUACUAGACGAGCCAUCUUCUGAGACAAUUGCUGAAAAUACAUUAAAUCAUGACAUUGUAUAUUUGAAUGUGACUAAUCAUGGACGAGCGGUAAAAUUUGGGGAAAAGAUGUACAUAUGGUGGAAAUAUAUUCAUACAGUAUAUCCUGAUGCUCUCCUUGGGGCUAGAAUAGAUGACGAUGCAUUUUUGUGUGUUCCACAGGUAUUCUAUAGACUAGAUAGUAUUAAGUCGAGUAAUCUAUACUAUGGCUGGAGGCAUGGAAAAUCAAGACAAAUAAAUAGGGACAACAGAGUAGACGAAAUGUUUCUAUUUUUAGGACGUGAACUCAUGUCUCUUAUUUCGAAAAGAAAUUACUGUGGUCUGGCUAAAUGCAAAAAUAAAGAUGACUUAAUUGACACAGACUCUGGGGGUACUUCCCUUGCAGAAUGGCUGUCUAUAUACAGUGAUAAGGUUGAUUUUAUUUCGGAUAACGACAGAAUAGUACAUUUCGGUAAAAUUUCUCACGCUAUUAACAAAAAAUAUUUGAAACCUGGUUUUUGUCACAAAAAGUUGGUUUUUCACAAAUCGACGUAUGAAAUAAUAGAACUUCUACAAUUAUACAACGAUUUUGCAUUUAUGGAGAAAAGCAAAGUUGAACAAUCAAUUAGAAGUGAUGUUUUUGAACGAACCAUAAUUAGUGGUGUGUCUGGGUCUAUAUUUUCUGGAAACGUGGUAAGAAAAGUCCCCCAAAUUAGCAUCGAGAUGAAGACCACACUAUUUUCAAAUGCAAGAGACUCUAAAAUCUGUGAUAAUUGGGCUGUGGUGACUACCAUUCACCAGCCAUCUAACUCGGUACGAAAUAUAGCCAAAAAAAUCUCUUGGUGUGUCGUAAUUGUAGCAGAUUUGACGACGCCAUCGGAAGACGCUUAUUUGAAAAGUAUUGUAAAUGACGAAAAUAAAAAUAGAGUAAUAUACUUAUCGAUUAACAGACAACAAACUUUAUACCCGUUAUUAUCAGAGGUUAUCCCAGUAAAACAUUUUGGGAGGAAAAAUAUCGGAUACAUGUACGCUAUUCACCACAAAGCAAAGUAUAUUUGGGACUUUGACGACGACAACAAUGGAGUAUUUGAUUUAAUCGAGAUUGAAAGAUUAACAAAAGGAGAAUCAGUCACAGUUUGUAAUGAAAAUGAAAGUAAAUUAUUCAAUCCAUAUCCUUAUUUUGGAGUACCAGAAACACGUGUAUGGCCAAGAGGUUUCCCCUUGGAGUCAAUCAAAGAUAACAAAACGAUACCACAGAUAUGCGAGACAAAGGUUUCCGUUCAAGUUGGUGCGAUACAGUGUCUUGCUAACGAACAACCGGAUGUUGAUUCUAUUUAUAGAUUAACCCGAAAUGUGCCAUUUAACUUUUCAGCAACAAAAGAAACACAUAAGCCAUUUGUUGUUCCAAAACAAACAUUUUCCCCCUUCAAUGCGCAAGCCACGUUGUGGACGUCGUCAGCAUUCAAAUAUAUGGCGUUACCGAUAAGUAUAAAUGGACGUGUGAGCGACAUAUGGAGAAGUUAUAUAGCACAAUAUUUUUUUUAUCGGUAUGACUUAAGACUAGCCUUUUCUGUGCCAUAUGUUGUACAAGAGAGAAAUAUUCAUUCUAUUUCUGCAGAUUUUAAUGCAGAGCUUGAUAUUUACGAAAAAGUGGGUGCUCUUUUGAAUCUUAUGAUGUAUAUGAAAGAUGAUAAUCUUGUUUCCGUUUAUGAAAAUCUUUAUAGUAGAAAUUUUAUUGAAAAAAGUGACCUCACUUUUAUAAAAGUAUGGCUGAAAACAUUUUUAAAUGUUACUGACAGUAAUGUAUGACUGAAUAAAUCGAUGUGUAGUACAUUGAAAUUCAAUUUAAUAAAUAAAAGAAGUAUGCCACCAUUACAGUGUUAGAUAAGAAGUAUGCCACCAUUACAAUGUUAUAUAAGAAAUAUGCCACUAUUUUAUAUUCCUUGCAAAACGUUUUGUUAAUUAUUGUUUGGUCGUUAUUACACGAAAUUAUCUGGUCAUUUUAUUGAUAAUACUCCGCAAUUCAAUGUGAUGGAGAGCUCUCCCAUUAGCACUCAGA